CAGCUGCCUUUUCGGGAAAUGUGUGGGACUACGUUCGUCCAGUUGUGCAAGCCAUUGAUCCACAUUUUCGCGGGGUUAGCGAGGUGACCUUGAUGGCAAUCCAGCGACGUCGGCCGUAGUAAGCGAGUAGGUAGGACGACCACCAGCCAUUUAAAUUUCCUGCAUGUACAUAGUGAGUCCUCCGUCUCUCAUCUCACAAGCACAGCUGCGCGCGUGGUACGGCAGUGAUUGCUGCAGAAGCGUAGUGUGACCGAUCGCGUGGUCUAGAGACCCCAGAACAGCAAGGGAUCAACACGUCGAAUCAACGACCUUUCAGUCACACCGACGACAGCCGGAUCCGCUCAAGAUGUUUUCCAAGAAAGACACGGACGUUCAGCCGUCUCCAGACUUUGCUGAACAGAAGACCGCACCUCACUAUGAUGGCAACUACGCUGAAGAGGCUCCAGAGCUCGUUCAGUGCCCUCCCCACACAACCGAGGCCAAGCUGCUCAGGCGAAUUGACCUCCACGUCAUUCCAUUCCUCUGCAUUAUGUACUUGUUGGCCUUCUUGGACCGUGUCAACAUAGCUAACGCCAAUGUUUUCGGUCUCUCCAAGGAGCUGGAACUGACCGGCAACAAGUACAACAUCGCUCUGGUCAUCUUCUUCGUGCCGUAUAUCCUCUUUGAGAUCCCGUCCAACGUCAUUCUCAAGAAGCUCACGCCGAGUGUCUGGCUCUCGCUGUGUAUGUUCGGCUUCGGGCUCGUUACAAUGCUCCAGGGCUUCGUUCAGAACUACCACGGACUCCUCGCAACACGUUUCUUUCUGGGCGUCUUCGAGACGGGAAUGUUCCCAGGCGCGUUCUACCUCAUUGGCAUGUGGUAUCGCCGUCAGGAAGCUCAGAAGCGCUACUCGUUCUUCUUCUCGUCGACGACGCUUGCGGGCGCCUUCGGAGGCCUGCUCGCUAGUGCCAUUGGCAAGAUGGACGGAGUGCGAGGCUAUCUGGGCUGGCGAUGGAUCUUCAUCCUCGAAGGUCUCUUGACCAUUAUUGUCUCGUUCUUCCUCUUCUUCCUGCUGCCAAACUUUCCAGAGGAGUCGAAAUGGCUCACCGAAGAUGAGCGCGCUUUCGUCAAGGCCCGUCUGCAGAUCGACCAGGGCAAGUCUGCUCGCGACCGAAAGAUGUCAAUCGGUGACGUGGGCCGCGUCUUCAAGGACCCAAAGAUCAUCAUCGGCGGCUUCAUGUACUUUGGCCUGAUCGUGCCUGCCUACGGUUACGCGUACUUCUCGCCGCAGAUCAUCCAGUCGUACGGCUACAGCCCUAUCCAGACGCAGCUGCACAGCGUGCCUCCGUGGGCGGCAGCGUUCGGCUUCUCGAUGCUGAUUGCAUGGUGCUCUGACAAGGUCAGACAUCGCUUCGCCUUCACGAUUUUCCCCAUCUGUGUCUGCAUCGCCGGCUUCGCGAUCCUGAUCUCAGUGCACAACAAUCCGAACCUUCAGUACGCGGCAUUGUUCCUGGUUGCUAUGGGCGCAUACACCGCAAUGCCUGUCAUUGUUUGCUGGUUCAACAUGAACCUGGGAGGUCACCACCGCCGCUCUGUUGGGUCUGCGUGGCAGGUGGGUUUCGGCAACAUCGGAGGAAUCAUUGCGACAUUCGCGUUCCUCAAGAAAGACGCCCCCAAGUACAUUCCGGGAUACUCGAUUUCCAUUGCGUUUGUGUGUCUGAGCGCGCUGAGCUGCUGUGUGUACUUUGUCGCAUGCUCGUGGCAGAACAGGUCGCGGAACAGGGCUGUCCGCGAUGUGGGGUUGACAGAGUAUGAGAAGACGGAGCUGGGCGACAUGAGCCCAGACUACAGGUAUCAGCUGUAGUAGAAGAGAAGGGUUCCAAUCGCGGUAUAGCGCAAUGAAAUUCGUUGAGAAGCAGAUGCAGCUGCCAU